AUGAUACAAUACAACAAUACCGUUAGUGUCAAAUUGAGAACAAUUUUUAAGUUUCCUACGAAAAUAUGUUGUGGAAGCAUCGAAAAUAGUCAGACGCGGAGGGAUACCAUCCCACCACGCGUCAAAAUAUUAGCAUUAUAAAGCCAGGCGGAGGACGCGGCAAAGCAUAGAGAGAAUCUCCUGGAGUCAGAACGGUGUCAUGUAGGGAUAAUCGCAAUAUCAGUUAUACUACUGUACGGUAGCUGCACACGGUGGUGUGUAGUUUGUCCGUGUAGUCUUCAACAGGACCGUACUUGUUCCAGUACAGGACUCUAAUAUAAAACAGGAAAUCGUUUUUAUCUCAAGCGUCGUUCUCCCAGCGGGAUAAGGGCAACAACUGGUGACAUUUUUAUUUGACAGCCCGGUGCAGCGGAGUUGGCGCACUGGAUAUAUAACUGAGUCAUUUACAAGAUCCGUCUUAAAUAUUUAUAGAAAUAUAUUUCGCGUUUAACUGGGUUGAAAUAACAUUUAAAGAAAACAAACGAGGAAUACAAUCGGUAUUUUCGAUGUGACUAUGUUGCUGUCAAAGUUUGGCUCAUUUUCACACAUUUGCAAUCCCUCAAGCAUGGAUCACUUGCCGGUGAAAAUACAGCUCCAAACAGUGAAACUGGAAAAGGAGCCUUUCGAGAAGGUUUACCAGGUCGGGACAGUGCUGGGGAGUGGGGGCUUUGGCACGGUGUACGCAGGGAACAGGAUUUCUGAUGGCGCACCGGUCGCUGUAAAACAUGUAGCAAAGGAAAGAGUGACCGAGUGGGGCACAAUUAACGGUGCCAUGGUGCCUUUGGAAAUCCUCCUACUGAAGAAAGUGAGUUCGUCGUUUCGGGGUGUUAUUAAACUGCUGGACUGGUACGAGCGACCGGACGGCUGGUUGAUCGUCAUGGAGAGACCGGAGCUCGUCAAGGAUUUAUUUGAUUUCAUCACGGAGAAGGGCUCGCUGGACGAGGACACGGCGAGGGUUUUUUUCCGGCAGGUUGUGGAUGCGGUGCGGCACUGUUACAGCUGCGGGGUGGUGCACAGAGACAUCAAAGACGAGAACUUGCUCGUGGAUCUCCGUACUGGGGAACUCACGCUUAUUGACUUUGGCUCCGGAGCCAUUCUCAAGGACACGGUCUACACCGAUUUUGACGGUACAAGAGUGUACAGCCCCCCUGAGUGGAUCCGCUUCCAUAGAUACCACGGUCGCUCGGCGACGGUGUGGUCGCUAGGCGUGCUUCUGUAUGACAUGGUGUGUGGGGACAUCCCCUUUGAGCAGGACGAGGAGAUCCUGAAAGGACAGCUGUACUACAGGAGAAGGGUGUCCAGCGAGUGCCAGCAGCUGAUCGACUGGUGCCUGUCUGUGCGUCCGUCGGACCGGCCCACCCUGGACCAGGUGCUGGAGCACGCCUGGAUGACCCUCCCGCUGGGGGCCCCGCCUGGCACCGGGGGGCAGGGCCACGUCACCCUCACCAGUCUGGACCCCCUGCAGCCAGGCCCAGACAGGCCCAGCCAGGACUCUCUCUGAGGGGGAGGGGGGCUUUGAUGGACAUGCUGGCUGGUUUGAUGGACAUGCUGGCAGGCUGGCUGGGUUGAUGGACAUGCUGGCUGGCUGGUUUGAUGGACAUGCUGGCUGGCUGGUUUGAUGGACAUGCUGGCUGGCUGGUUUGAUGGACAUGCUGGCUGGCUGGUUUGAUGGCUGGUCUCUUCCUGCCCUCAGCCGAUGAGUGAAAAGAAUUUAUAUUUUUCCUUUUGUGGGGAAUUUAAUAAUUUAUAACCAGUUUGUUCUUCCUUUUUUAUUUAAAAGUGGUCUCUUUUUCUCAGUAUGUCUCUUGACAGAAGUGUAGCUGUUUAGGUGGUCCUACCAGAACUAUUUAUUUGUAUUUACUUAAAAAUUGUUACCUGGCUGGUUAAUGCUGUUGGUGAGGCUCCUGUUCAGAGUUGGAUGUUUUUGUUGAUCCUUAAAGAGAGACCGCAGCCAUUCUGUCUCUCACACAGGGAGAGACAGACCGCAGCCAUCCUGUCUCUCUCCCAGGGAGAGAGUAUCUGGUCUCUCCUCUGGAAAAGAGACUCCUGUUGACAGUGUUGAAUCGUUGUGUCGCUACACGUUCAUCACCUGUUGUUCCAGAGGGGCUAGGCAUCAUGUCACUACCGCCUGGAACUGGACACCCACACACACACACACACACAGGUGUGUGUAGGUGGGAUGCUGAGGAAGGCCGAUUCCUCCAUCGCUUUCACAUGAAGGUCAAAGGUCACAAGAGUUCACCCAGGGAUAGAGGCGUUCAGAACGUAAACGUCUGAAGUAUUUUUUUCUUCUUAAUGACCUGACUGUUGAUGUUGGAGGAGGCGUGUUCUGGACGGGUCAAUGUUGAAUUUGACCCUGUAUGGCCUCUUCACUCCCUCUACCAGCCCCACAAAGAUCAAAUGUGCAUUUUUUGUCAGACUCAGAAAACGUCUGAUUUUCUUUUUUAUGUGGAAUAUUGGAGUGCCUUUCUCUGUUUUGUUUCUCUGGUUCAGUUUUUGGGGCCUUCGUGUAACGGGGCAUUAACACCAGCACGACAAGACAGCACCGUGUGAUGGUCGGAUUUGACCAUCACACACCAUGCGAGCAUGAUGUCAUGCUAGCAGAGCAAUGCAGAUCGUUGAAUAGUUGUGUCACUGUUGGUGUGAAUGCCCCAUUAUCGGUCAGUUUGGGGCGGGGCCAAUGCUGUUGUCGUUGGUGACGAUGUGAGAAUGGCCAAUCAGCCUUAAGCCCCCCCCCCUCCCCUCCCCUCCCCUGAUUGGGGGAGACAGUAGAUUACUUGAAACACUCGCCUGUCAUGGUGUCAACGCUGCUGUCUUCAACACCAGGUGUUGAAACAUCACAUCUCUAUGGAAACAGUCGCCACACACACACACUACCCCCUCCCCCCUCCUUAAACUGCCCCCCUCCUCGUCCCCUGGCACAAGUGCUCCCCCUACAGGUGUGGGAGGAGAAUGCACAAUCAAUGCAAUAGUCAAGAACUCAGUUAUGUAAUUUGAACUUUAUUUUUUACAUAUUUUACAUAUAUAUUUUUUCUCUCUACGUGCAUUUAAUUUAUUUUUAAACAUUGUAGACAUUCCACAAUGUGGCAUAUUUAUUUAUUUUAUUGUCUAUGCUUAAAGAACUUGCCCUCUGGUGUUUUCAUAUCUUAAAUGGCCUUUUAUUUGCAUUCCUGUCAUUUUAUUUUAUUUGAACAUUUAGUAUUUUUGAGUUGGUGGACAGGUGCACUGAAGCUGUUGAUGUAAAAGGAAUAAAACAAGGUUUACUUAAAUGAAAAUUGCAGAAAGAGCGUUGAAUGUUAUUUAAGUAGGAUUAGUGUUGGAAAACAUGUCUAUUUAAAUGUUUCAUAGAGAAACGUGAGGCUUAGGAAUCUGCUACCUGUCUCUUCUGCCCCCCCCCCCUCAUCUCUCUCCCCCCCCCCUCAUCUCUCUCCCCCCCAUCUCUCUCUUCCCCCCCAUCUCUCCCCCCCCCCUCCCCCGCUCUCUUCUCGUCCGUCUGUCUAGUUCGCAGUGACGGGUGACUGUACAUCUGUGGUGGGGAUAUUUUUUUUAUAAGCA